GAACUGCUCGUCAUUUCGCUAAAUGUGUUCGUUUCGUACUUGCAGCAAACAUAAGUAUCAAGCUAACAGUUCGUUCUCUUGAACAAAGGUAGAGAAAGCUCAGUCAGCAAAAGGAAAGUCAGCAGAGAAAUCUCCUCUAGAAGAAAUUGGAUCCACCCUUACAACUGAUGCAGGCAGACUGAAUGAACUAAUCCUGCAGCAAGGUGAUCUGGUCAGGAAGCUGAAGAGUGAAAAGGCAUCUAAGAAUACAGUUGAUUCAGAAGUUAAAACUCUUCAUGUAUUGAAAGAUGAAUUCAAAAGGACAACUGUAGCAGAUCAGGAACUAGAUGAACAAAUGCAAGACAAAUCUCCUUCUUCAUUGAACAUCAGGGAUAAACUUAUUUCCAAAAUCUCUGCCCAGGGUGAUAAAGUUCGGCAGUUGAAGUCUGCAAAAGCUGCCAAAGUUGUUAUUGAUUCUGAAGUGAAAGUGCUGCUUGCUUUGAAAUCUGAAUUUAAGUCUGUCACUGGAGAAGAGUGGCAACCAGGCUUGCAGUUGGCUGUUAGUAUUGCACCAGGAGAACAGCUGUCUUCCAAGAUCGUUGAACAAGGGGACAUUGUUAGAAAAUUGAAGUCUGAAAAGGGAGCAAAGGAAAUUAUAGAUGCUGAAGUCAAGACACUGUUAGCUCUGAAAGCAGAGUACAAAACUGUAACUGGAGUAGAGUGGAAACCUAUGUCAAAUAAACCAGAGCCUGUGACACCAAUGGCAGAUCAGGAUGGGAAGUCUGAAGAGAAUGAAGUGGAUGUGCUCACAUCAAAAAUCACAAAGCAAGGAAAUGUAGUAAGGAAAUUGAAGUCCAGUGGAGGAGACAAGAAUCUUGUGGAUGCAGAAGUAAAGAAGCUAUUGGAGUUAAAAACACAGUACAAGAAGCUGACUGGUACCGACUUCCCAACAGAAAGUAGCAGGACUCCUAAUAAAAAAGAAAAGACAGCUGUGGCCAAGAAGCAAGCUGAGACACCUGCCCACAAAGAUGAAAGUCAGACUGGUUUGAAAAAGCAGACUCGACUUGGUCUGGAGGCAAGGAAAGAAGAAAACCUGGCUGAUUGGUAUUCACAGGUGCUGACUAAGGCUGAACUGAUAGAAUACUAUGAUGUUAGUGGCUGCUACAUCCUAAGGCCAUGGUCCUAUGCCAUCUGGGAGGCCAUCAAGAACUUCAUGGACCCUGAGAUCAAGAAACUGGGAGUACAGAACUGCUAUUUUCCACUGUUUGUUUCACGAGCAAUGCUGGAGAAGGAAAAGACACAUAUUGCAGACUUCUCUCCAGAGGUGGCAUGGGUGACCAAAUCUGGUGACACAGACCUUUCUGAACCUAUAGCUGUUCGUCCAACCAGUGAAACUGUCAUGUAUCCAGCUUAUGCCAAGUGGGUGCAAUCUUAUCGGGACUUACCCAUCAAACUGAAUCAGUGGAAUAAUGUUGUGAGAUGGGAAUUCAAGCAUCCCCAGCCCUUCCUCCGGACAAGGGAGUUCCUGUGGCAAGAAGGACAUACAGCUCAUGCAGCCUUUAAGGAAGCAGAGGAGGAGGUCUACGUUAUUUUGGAUUUGUAUGCCAGGAUCUACACGGAUCUGUUGGCCAUUCCGGUGAUAAAAGGUCGCAAAACAGAAAAAGAGAAAUUUGCUGGCGGAGACUUCACCACAACAGUUGAAGCCUAUGUGGGAGCAAGUGGAAGGGCCAUCCAAGGAGCAACCUCACAUCAUCUAGGCCAGAAUUUCUCUAGAAUGUUUGAAAUUAUGUAUGAAGACCCUGAGACUCAAGAGAAAAAAUAUGUUUACCAGAAUUCCUGGGGAAUCACCACCAGAACUAUUGGUGUGAUGAUCAUGAUUCAUGCAGACAACCAAGGAUUAGUACUGCCUCCAAGAGUUGCAUGUUUCCAGGUGGUAAUUGUGCCUUGUGGCAUAACAGCUAGUAUGAAGGAUAUUGAUCGGAAAGCUCUGAUUGGAUCCUGUGAAGAACUGGAGGCAACCCUGAAAGCUGCAGGGAUCAGAGUGAAGGGUGACUACCGGGAUAACUAUUCCCCAGGGUGGAAAUUCAACCAUUGGGAACUCAAGGGUGUACCAGUCCGAAUAGAAGUGGGUCCUAAAGACAUUAAAGAGAAGCAGGUGGUUGCAGUUCGCAGGGAUACAGGAGAGAAGUUGACACUGCAGCGAGAGACGGCAGAAAGUGACAUUUUGCAGCUGUUGGAAACCAUCCACCAUAAUAUGUUAGACAAGGCAACAAAAGAACUGGAGUCUCAUACUGUUGAAUGCAGAGACUGGUCAGACUUCUGUGCUCAGUUAGAAAAAAGAAACAUCAUACUUGCUCCAUUUUGUGGGUCCAUCCCAUGUGAGGAUUACAUCAAACAGGAAAGCGCCAGGGAGGAGUCAGAACCUGGAGCACCAUCAAUGGGUGCAAAAAGUUUGUGCACCCCUUUUGUGCAGACUACAGCCAUCCAGAGUACGGAUAAAUGUAUCAAUCCUACCUGCAGCAACAAGCCACAGAGUUACACCCUCUUUGGGAGGAGCUAUUGAGUGACAAACUUUACUUUAAAUGGGUCACAUGAGACAUCAUUCAAGGUGACAACUGUAAUUAGUCUUGUACCAGAGUGCUGAUAAAAUCUGAUUCCAUUUAUCCUGUUAAGAUUAUUGCACCAUAUAAUUUGACACAAGUAAAUGCAGGAGAAUAUUUAAGGGAAGAUAUGAAUAUGUGAAAAGAUGAAAAUAAAUAGAGAUUUUUGUCUUCUUCAGCAUCUGAAAACCAAUAGUAAUCACAAAACUGCAUAUAAAGUAAAUACUUCACUACUUUUCACUCAGUAUGGUUGUUUGGAGGUUGAAACUGACAUGACAUAUAUACAACUUAAUUGCAGAGCCUUAUGGGAAGAUACAACCUGAAAGACAGAACAUUGAUGACAGGUUAAUAUUUUAGAUUACUGAUCCCCAAGCUGGGUUGACACCCCCCUGAUGAAGCACUGUGAGAAAAAUAACGAACGUUUAAUGUCGAACUCAGUUUAAAUACUCAGUUCCUUUACAUGGUUUUUAGUCUUUGUUGGUACUGCUGAUCACAAAAUAAAGUGCACUGUGCAGCAUUUUCAUCUUAAAAAUUCUGUUACUCAUUUUUGGUUAUGGGGCACUAGGGCAGCCAUACAACAAUUUCCCUCUUUUUUGGGGGGGGAGGUAUGAAACUUUACUGAACAGUAUGUCAUUGUGCAGUGCUUGUUACUAUAGUGUCAGUCUGACACUGUUUUUAUUCACAUUAUUUAAGAAGGCUUAAAAUAUUUUCACAUUGUUCAGGGGUGCUACAGCCAUGUACAGAAGUUACUAUUUCCCUUCAUUUUUAGAUGGAAACUACUACAAACACAUGAGGCCCUUGAAAUAAAUGUAUCUGCAUGUCACAUAGCCAGCUCAGUGCUGUAGUAACAAACAGCAGCUUGUAAAUUCUAUCCCUUGAUGAAUAUAAAAUCAUUAAACCAGUGAAAAAGAAAUAAAUAAAAUCUUGUUUAAUAUUUUUAUACAGAUUUUUCAGUUUUCACCAUAUGCACCAGACACAUGGGUAAAUAGUUACAAGUCAGUAGUUGAUCAUUUUGAUAUGAACAUGAGUGUAAUGGCUUACAUUUAUUUUGGUCAAAAGUAAUGGGGGGAGGAUGAGGGUUCGAUGAAUGCCAGAAGAGGGACAUCAUAUCAGAAAGCUUGGGAACGACUGUUUUAGGAUUGUAUCGUGACAGAGAUAAGUCGUUAGGUUACAUUACUGAGAGUUUUUUGGUUAGGGAAGUGCAUGUUGCCUGUUCAAUGUAUACCCUACACCAGGGGCUUGGUUGAUUGGGGUCACAGCAAUUAGGCUGUGUAAUGUAGAGUCUAAGGUCAGUAAUCAUAACACAGUAUGAAGUUAUAAUGAAAACAGUAAUAACCGCAUGCAAUUUUCAGCUUUAGAGAACCAUGGCAGAUUACUGGCAUUAUCUCCAUGAAUUUAUAUACAAAAUGAAUAAAUAAAUCUGGCUACCUCUUUAACCUUUAUUUAAAUAUUUGUCUGAAUUUCUUGAAAUCACAGUUAUGUUCAUAUUCAUUUUCAGUCCAUAUUUCAUUAUAAUAAAAGGUCCCAGUGAUUUAAUAAUUUCAGUUUCCUUCUCUUCUGCCCCUCAGAUCAACACGGUCAUCUGACUUACAUCUUUUCUUCUCUCAUCUUAACACUAUUACGAAUUUCAUCCAUCACAGCAUUAAAACAGGAUCAUUGAAAGGACACUUCCAUGACUCUUUCAAUUGUUUUUAAGUAACCUGAUGGUCCUAAUUUUGUCUUUUUAACACAAUAUGUAGAAUCAAAUGUUCGCUUCACUCUUUCUGUAACAUAUUCUUCUACUUCCUGUCUUAAGCUUGACCAAAUUUUUCUCUUUCAAUACUGUCAUAUGCUUUUUCAAAAUUUAUAAAUACUGUUGCCCUAUCCUUGCCAAAUUCCAAAUAUUUCUGAAUUGCCUCAUUAUUAAGGCUGAAUUUGUUGUGGAUCCUUCUCAGUGAAUGAUAUAUUUGUCCUCACUGAGUGUUACUUUAUAUUUGUUUUCAUUAAAAGUUCUCUCAUAAAUUUCAUAACAGUGACUAAGAAGUACUAUCCCUCUACAUUACUGGGGAUGUCAGUUCCUGUACUUGGAUAGAAAACCACAUAAAUUUCUAUAACAGAUAUUUAUUGCUGUUAGAAGGAGAGUAUACAGAUGAGCAGGCACUCAGAGUGUGCAGUAACUGGUGAGGUAUGGCCGUAACUCUAAGGCAGGACAUGCUUGGUGAAUGCCGGCGAAGCUCCGGCCAUAGGACAGUAAGUGCUGGCAGUGGAUUUCCCAAUGAGUCUAGGCGACUACUCUUGGAGUCAGCUGAUGAUGUUGCUGGUAGGCGACUCACUGUUGCUGUGCAUGCUAUAGAUGAACUGUCUCGAGGUAAGAGUAGCUCCGACUGACCAGCUAGCAUGUCGGAGAUCCACAUCUUUAUCCACUGUAGCUAGCAGCAGCACCCAACCCAAUGGGCAUUGCCGUUAGUGUAGUCCAUGCUGAUUGGCUAGAAUUGUGGUUGGCUCCCACAUCACCCCCCCACAGAGAUGGUUGCUGAGAUAUUGAAGCGAGCGGGGAAAUAGAUGUGUUUCUUGUGCCCUUUUUACAUACUUUUAUUAUAAUAAUCCUCAAAUCAUUUGGAAUCAUUUUGUUCCCAAAUAACCCUCAUGGCUUCAUACAUCCACUGCAUUUCUGUUGGCUGUACUGUUCUUAUUGCAUCUUCUGUCACUUCUUCAUUUUGAAUUGGCAAUCUUAGUAUCCAUAUCUGUUUGUACUUGCUUCUUCCUGUGUAAUUAGUUACUUUGGUGAUACAUAUAAGAUCUGCAUUUAGGUUUCUCAAAGCAUACCUUCCAUGUUUCUGAUAUCCUUCUACCAUAUUGAAGCCCCAUUCAUAUUAAUCUUAGUUUAUUAGUCUUAUCAGUAUCUCUUAUAUUUCAUUCAUUUACAUUUAUUUUUCAACAACACAUUUUUAUUUUCCCUGUGAUGUUCCUCUAAGUAUUUAGUAAAUUUACUCCAAAGCAUUAUAGCCCAUUUUAUCAUAUAUAUGGUUGCUCUUCCACCUUUCUGUCCCCAUAUUUCUGUAUCUGAGUAAUGUUUACCAUGCAUCAUUCCUUAUGUUUCUGACUAUCAUUCCACCAAGGUGUUAUACUCCCACCUCAUGAAUUCAUGCAGCCAUCAUGUUCUUAUUACCAAUUGUAUGAAAUUU